AUGCAUCUACCGGCGGCGACCAACAGCGACUGCCAGAGCCCUUCGAUGCCGACCACAAUCAAUGACAUGUUUGCGAACCUGCACGAGAUGCUGCAGGAGUACCACGGUGAGCUGGUGCAGACCGGUUCACCUGCCGUACUCUGCUCCGUCCUACCGACGCACUGGCGCUCGAACAAGAGUCUACCGUGUGCGUUUAAGGUGAUCGCCCUCGACGACAUCCAGGAUGGGACGCUCGUCACGAUCAAGGCAGGCAACGAUGAGAACUACCACGCGGAGUUGCGGAACGCGACCGCUGUUAUGAAGAACCAGGUCGCGAAGUUCAACGAUCUGCGGUUUGUAGGGCGAUCUGGACGUGGGAAGUCCUUCUCGAUCACGAUCACGAUCAGCUCGUACCCGUGUCAGAUUGCGACGUACACGAAGGCGAUCAAGGUGACGGUGGAUGGACCGCGGGAACCUCGUUCUAAGCAGAAUUUUGCCUACGGCCAUCCGGGUGCGUUCAAUCCCUUCAUCUUGAACGCGGGAUGGCUUGAUGCGGCCUAUAUGAACUAUGCCUGGUCGGACUACUUCCGUCAGCAUCAGCAGCAGCAGCAGGCGAUUCAGGUACCACCACCGUCGGCAGGACCUCAGCAGCAGACCACGCUCGGAUGUCACGAUAAAGUGAGCAGUGGUGCCCUCGGAAAUGGCCAUCUUCUGGGAGGCCCCACCUCCGCCACCACCGCCGGCCUCACCGACCCACCAACCGAGCUCGUGUCCCUCCGCUCACCCGCCAGCCAACCAGUGCCUGCCCCGACCGCACCCCCCGGUGUCGGUCCACCCCCGAACGGCCUUCCCACCUCAGCCCUUCUCGCCAGUCCAGCCUCCACCUACCCGCCCGGUACCACCCUCUCCUCAUUCGCGGUCCACCCGGACCAGCAACUGGUCAAGUCACCCUUUUUGCCUUACGAAAUUGCCGCCUUCCGUUCGACGGCAGCGGCAGCGGCGGCGGCGGCAGCCGCCGCAGCCGCCACCAACGGCACCCUCCGCCCCACCCAGCUGACCGCCACCAUCACCCUCCACCAAUCGGCUUCCGUGGAUUCCGCCUCAUCUCGGCUUUCGCCGGCUUCCUCCCGCAAUUCCAACGCCAGCCCUCCUCCACCGCCCGCCCUCACGACGGCGGCGGCAGCGGCGGCAGUGGCGGCAGCCGCCGCCGCCGCCUCUCUCCCACCCGGGCUGCUUCAUCCUGCCCCAAAGGGAGCCACUCUGCCAGCACACCCACACCACACGCACCAUCCGCAUCAACCGCACCUCCACGCGGGUCACGGGCCGCAUCACCCCCGCGUAUUGGUGGGUACCCCCGCUGGGCACCUGCCGCCCACCUCGGCCCCCGGUGUUAGCAGCAGCAGCAUCGGCAAUGACACCAGCAACGGGGAUCUCUCAUCCGCCAACGAGGACGAUUCCGACGACGAACAGAUCGAUGUGGUGAAGUCCGCCUUCAUCCCGAUCCUGCGACCACCGGCGGCCCCUUCCGCCGAAACCACCGCCUCCGGUAGCUCCUCGGGUACGCGUGAAAACUCGCCCGACCUCUGUGAGCCCGAUGCGACCGUGCGGAAGCCUGAAACGCCCGACUCAACGACCGCACCGACGCUUGAGGUGACGACACCGCCUCGGAUUGGGUUGCGGUGCGAUUUGAAGGCGCUUUCCACGAAAAAGCACGUCCUGCAUGAGACCGCCCCCGGGCUCGGUUGCAUCCGUUCGCAACACCAGCAACACCAGCAACAGCAACAGCAGCAACAGCAACAACACCAACAGCAGCAGCAGCAGCAGCAGUUGACGCCUCCUCAGCUGGAGUCACCCGAGCGGACGAAGCUGCGAUCGCCGAAUCUGAUCAAGCAGGCACAGAAGACGGUGUGGCGACCCUACUGAAGCCGGUGCGAGGGCGCCAGGGGGCCGCGGCCCUUCACCGGUAGCCGCUUCCGUACCAACCCGCUUCCCCCAACCGAUCGGCGCCGGCGGUUACUGUGAGCUAACG